GUUUUGCAGCUCACUGCACCAAUGGCGACUCUUUCUCUCCAUAUGGUACACCCUCAGGUCUCUCUUUGCCGACAAGCGCAGCGAUGGCAGCAUGGUUCAUUCAGCUGCCAGUUCAGGCAUCCCGGAAGACUGCAAGCGAGCUACAGGGGGCUUGAGGCCAUGCAUGAUGAUGGGUAUGGGACAGUCAAGGACCUGGACUACUACUACCACGCACUUGGGGAGCUGGUGGAGCAUGACAGUGGGCCGCCCCGAUGGUUCUGCCCCGUCGAUGCUGGCUCGUCGGUCGAGGAUGCUCCACUCAUGCUGUAUUUGCCGGGGGUAGAUGGAAUGGGGAUGGGGCUCUGUAUGCACCAUAAGGCUCUUGGAAGGAUAUUUGAACUUAGAUGCAUGCACAUUCCUUUUCAUGACCGCACGCCAUUCGAAGAACUUGUCACUAUGGUAGAAGAUGUUGUUAGAGCAGAACAUUCCAUUUCUCCUAAUAAGCCCAUCUAUCUAUUGGGGAAUUCGUUUGGGGGAUGCUUAGCUCUAGCAGUUGCUGCCCGGCAUCCCCGUAUUAAUUUGAUACUGGUACUAGUCAAUCCAGCUACAUCAUAUGAGAGGUCAGACAUAAAAACCCUUCUGUCGGUUUUCAGCCCGUUGUCGGACCGCGCCUGCAUUGCAAUUACAGCUCUACUGAAUUACAACAUCGACAAUGAAGUGAACAUGGCACUCAGUAGAAUGAAAAGUGGCAAGCAUCCUUUAGAAGCACUCAGCAGAUUGACAAAUAACUUGUCAUCGUCCCUGAAGCAUUCGAACAUACUGGACAAACUACCAGAAGACACACUAAGAUGGAAAAUGAAUCUGAUCAAACGGGCUGCUUCAUAUGCUAAUUGCCGUGUACAAUCAGUUACAGCUGAGGUACUACUACUAGCCAGCGGCGCCGACAGGUUACUUCCAAGCAAAUCUGAAGCCGACAGGCUACAGAAGAAACUACCUAAAUGCAAAGUUUUCUUCUUUGAGAACCAUGGGCACAGCUUACUGUUGGAGCAUGGUGUUCAUGUCUCAUCCAUCAUUAAGUGUGCUGGUCUCUACCGCCACUCGAGCCGCUAUCACCGGGUUUUUGACUACAUCCCGCCAUCCACGACCGAGCUAAGGGAAGUCGACAAAGCUAGCAGCGACCUCACGUUCAGAACGUCUCCGGCAAUGUUCUCGACGAUGGAGGAUGGCACGGUGGUCCGUGGCCUCGCCGGGGUGCCCGAUGACGGGCCGGUGCUUCUGGUGGGCAACCACAUGCUGCUGGGGAUCGAGCUCAUCUCGCUUGCUGCGGAGUUCAUGCGGCAGAAGAAGGCCGUUGUCCGUGGGAUCGCGCACCCACUGCUGUUCCCGAACAAGGCAAGGACGUGGUCGGAGGGCCAUGACUUCUUUGACUUCCUAAUUCUGUGGGGAGGCGUGCCCAUGACCUACAAGUACAUAUACGAGUUGCUGGCUGCUGGGGAGUUCGUUCUACUAUACCCAGGUGGUUACAGGGAGGCACUCCACUGUAAGGGUGAAGAGCACAGGAUCUUUUGGCCAGACAGGACUGAAUUUGUUAGGAUGGCAGCGCAGUUCAAUGCCACAAUCGUGCCAUUUGGAGUCGUUGGAGAGGAUGAUCUAUUAAAUCUGCUUUGUACAUUCGACGACAUCAGGAGCGCACCCUUUGGCAAGGAAAUCAUGCGCGCCUACAGCAACCAUCUCAAGCUAAGGGAUGCUGAUCACGAGGUGAUAUUUCCAGGCGUAUAUCUGAAAAUCCCGGGCCGGUUCUACUACCGAUUUGGGAAACCUAUCCCGACGAAAGGAAGACAAGACGUCCUGACUGAUCGGCAUGCCGCAGCACGUCUCUACACGCACGUUAAAUCGGAGGUGGAAGGCAUAAUCUCGUAUCUGCUGGAGAAGAGGGAGGAGGACAAGUACAGGAAGCUCUUUCCGAGGCUCUUGUAUAAAGCUGCUCGGGGGGCCAACACUGAAGUUCCAGCGUUCGAUCCUUAAAAUAGUAGUGCCAGUGCUCAUACUCCACUACACUGAUUCUUAGAUGCAUUACGCCAGAGAUGUAUGGCUACGAACAUCGACAGGCGGUGAAGUAAAACGUAUACAUAUGGCUAAAUAUUAUGUCCUUGCUUG